AUGACGGCGGCGACCCCCUCCGCCUUCGGAUCGGCGAUAAAGUCUUCGUCAAACUCCAUCACGGGUACAAGACCCUGGGACACGCGAAUAGAAUGUUCUCUUUCCAGAGGGUGGGUCCUUUUCCCAUCAAAGCCAAAGUCGGAAAUCCACCCCGUAAUCUCCAUCGCACACCUCGAGCCGGCCCCAAGGGAUCCUGAUCCCUACGGUCGGAACGCCUAUCCAGAGCCCGGUCCCGUCGCGGAAUGGGACGAAGAGGACCCUCCUUACGAAAUCUCAACCCUCCUUGACCGUCGCGAGGCGCAGAUACAUGAGGCUCUGUAUGGUGCGAAGGAACUCGUUGUGGAAUACGACGAGAAGCACCUACGCCCCCCAUUUGGUAAGGGAGACCCGGAAUGA